CAAUUCUAGGAACCUCUUGGCCAGCAGGAUGGAGGAGGAGGAGGAGGAGGAGGAGGAGGGGGAAGAAUGCAAGCGCACUCUUGGAAAAUGCCAAUCCUUAAUUCAUAUGAAGGUGGACUGUACUCGUCUUUCGGCAGUGCUCCGCACCAUGUGGAACGCAGGACGGGCGGAAACAAACACGAUGCCGCUACUCGCGUCACGCGGCACCGCUCCUUCUCGAAGGGGGUGGAAGAGUAGCUGCCCAUGAUCGUG